CCUGUCGCCUCCUCGGCCUCCAUGGCGUCCUCCCUGGCCGAUGUGAGCUGGAAAAUGCUGGAGCUGAGGGCCCGCUCCAAGCGUUCAGGCUCCGUGUACGAGCCCGCGAAAAGCAUUAACCUUCCAAGACCAGACGGAGAGAGCUUAUGGGAUAAGUUGGAUCAUUACUACAGAAUCGUCAAAUCAACAGUGCUGCUGUACCAAAGUCCAACCACUGGUCUCUUUCCCACCAAAACAUUUGGGGACAACCAAAGGGCAAAAGUACAUGACAGUCUGUAUUGCGCCGCAUGUGCCUGGGCUUUGGCGCUUGCGUAUAGGCGCAUUGACGAUGACAAGGGAAGAACCCACGAGCUGGAGCAUUCUGCUAUAAAAUGUAUGCGAGGGAUUCUCUACUGCUACAUGCGCCAGGCUGAUAAGGUUCAACAGUAUAAACAAGACCCGAAGCCCUCCAAAUGCCUCCAUUCUAUUUUUGGCGCCCACACAGGCGACGAAGUCUUUUCCCAUGAUGAAUACGGGCAUCUUCAGAUAAAUGCUGUGUCGUUGUUCCUCCUCUACCUGGUUGAAAUGAUAUCAUCUGGCCUGCAGAUUAUCUACAACACAGAUGAGGUAUCCUUCAUUCAAAACCUCGUAUUUUGCGUGGAAAGAGCAUACCGGGUCCCAGAUUUUGGUGUGUGGGAAAGAGGAAGCAAGUAUAACAAUGGCAGCACCGAACUGCAUUCAAGUUCGGUCGGGUUAGCGAAAGCCGCCCUAGAAGCAAUUAACGGAUUCAACCUCUUUGGCAAUCAGGGUUGUUCCUGGUCUGUUAUAUUUGUAGAUCUUGAUGCCCACAAUCGGAACAGGCAAACUCUUUGUUCAUUGCUUCCCCGAGAAUCACGAUCUCAUAAUACUGAUGCUGCUCUCCUACCCUGCAUUAGCUAUCCUGCCUUUGCCGUAGAUGAUGAUGCUUUGUACAGCCAAACCAUUGACAAGGUGGUCAGAAAGCUCAAAGGGAAAUACGGGUUCAAGCGAUUUUUGAGAGAUGGCUACAGAACCGCUCUGGAGGACAAAAAUCGUCAUUACUAUAAACCUGCAGAAAUUAAGCUCUUUGACGGCAUUGAAUGCGAAUUUCCUCUCUUUUUUAUUUUCAUGAUGAUCGAUGGAGUUUUUAGAGGCAAUACGGAGCAAGUAAAAGAGUAUCAGCAGCUUCUGGACCCUUUGCUGCAGCAGUCUCCGGAAGGCUUUCCAGUUGUGCCUAAGUAUUACUAUGUGCCAGCAGACUUUGUUGAGCUGGAAAAGAAAAACCCUGGCAGUCAGAAACGAUUUCCUAGCAAUCACGGACGGGAUGGAAAGUUCUUUCUGUGGGGACAAGCACUGUACAUCAUUGCAAAACUUCUUGUUGACGGUUUAGUAAGCGCUAAAGAUAUUGACCCAGUGAAGCGUUACAUACCUCCCCAGGAUCAACGCAACGUUAGCAUGAGAUACUCCAAUCAGGGUCCUCUAGAAAAUGACUUGGUGAUCCAAGUUGCAUUGAUUGCCGAGAGCCAACGCCUGCAGGUUUUCUUGAACACCUAUGGAAUCCAAACACAGACUCCCCAGCAGGUUGAACCCAUCCAGAUAUGGGCACAACAGGAGCUUGUGAAGGCCUACUUCCACCUGGGCAUCAAUGACAAACUGGGCCUCUCAGGAAGACCUGACCGACCGAUUGGCUGCCUCGGAACAUCAAAGAUUUAUCGAAUCCUGGGCAAGACUGUUGUUUGCUACCCUAUAAUCUUUGACCUGAGUGAUUUCUACAUGUCCCAGGAUGUUAUGAUGCUGAUCGAUGACAUUAAGAACGCUUUGCAGUUCAUUAAGCAGUACUGGAAAAUGCACGGCCGCCCCUUGUUCCUGGUGCUUAUUCGGGAGGAUAAUAUCAGGGGAAGCAGAUUCAAUCCAAUACUGGACAUGCUGGCUGCCUUUAAGAAAGGAGUAGUCGGCGGAGUGAAGGUUCAUGUCGACAGGCUGCAGACAUUAAUUGCUGGAGCAGUGGUUGAACAACUGGACUUCCUAAGAAUCAGCGAAACAGAUGAGCCUCCAGAGUUCAAGAGCUUCGAAGAGCUUGAUCUUCCAAAACAUUCAAAAGUCAAGAGACAGACCAGCACACCGAAUGUUACUGAGUUGGAACAACAGCCAGAUAUUAAUGUGAAGGACUGGAAAAACAGGUCAACUUACGAGAUUCUUCAGAAACUGAAUGACUGCAACUGCCUAGCAAGCCAAGCAAUUCUGCUGAACAUUUUGCUCAAACGGGAAGGCCCGAAUUUCAUCACCAAGGAAGGUACCGUCUCUGAUCAUAUUGAAAGAAUCUAUCGAAAAGCUGGCAGCAAAAAACUCUGGUUGGUGCUACGCUGCAGUGCGGUGUACAUUCAGAAAUUCGCAGCCUCUUUAGCCCCCCACAUUACCACCCUGGUCGUACACGGCAAGCAGGUGACUCUAGGGGCAUUUGGCCAGGAAGAAGAAAUUAUAUCGAAUCCCUUGUCUCCAGGCGCAAUUAAGAACAUCAUCUACAACAAGUGUAAUCUGCAGGACGAGAGGGAAGCUGUUCUUCAGCAGGAACUUGUCAUUCACAUUGGCUGGAUCAUCUCCAACUCCCCUGAAUUAUUUAACGGCAUGCUGAAGAUACGAGUGGGAUGGAUCGUCCAUGCCAUGAAAUAUGAACUGAAGAUACGCGCUGGGGAGAUGGCUCCCGUUGACUUAUACCAGAUGUCACCCAGUGAGGUGAAGCAGCUUCUCUUGGACAUUCUUCAGCCACAGCAGCAAGGGAGAUGCUGGCUGCACCGACGUCAGAUCGACGGCUCUCUAAACCGGACUCCCAGUGGAUUCUAUGACAGGGUGUGGCAGAUUUUGGAGAGGACCCCCAACGGUUUAAUAGUAGCUGGGAAAUUUUUGCCACAGCAACCAACCUUGUCUGAUAUGACUAUGUAUGAAAUGAACUUUUCCCUCCUGGUUGAGGAUAUGUUACAAAAUAUUGAUCAACCUGAAUACAGGCAAACCAUUGUAGAGUUGUUGAUGGUCGUCUCUGUGAUUCUGGAAAGAAACCCAGAGUUGGAGUUUCAGGAUAAAGUGGACUUGGACAAACUGGUGAAAGAAGCAUUUCUCAACUUCCAAAAGGACCAGAGCAAGCUCAAGGGAACUGAGAAGCAAGAUGACAUGACGUCCUUUUACAACACUCCUCCAGUGGGGAAAAGGGGAACGUGCAGCUACCUGACAAAGGCGGUGAUGAAUCUGUUGCUGGAAGGGGAAGUGAGACCCUCUGCGGAUGACCCUUGUUCCAUUAGUUAAAGCCGGUGGCGCCAGGUGGAAGGCAAC